AUGGAUGGAUUCCAUAAUAAGGCGAUAUCACAGCGCUAUCGUCGCCUCCGAUCUCGACCCGAAACUAGGCAAUCCAAAUGGAUCUCUUUGAAUUGCUUUGGCAUAGUACUGAUUGCCGUCAUGUUGGCCGACAUUUACCUAGUAACUCAAGUCAAUAGUAACGAUGCUGCGGUGAAUCGUAGUCUAUACUCUGGGGAUACUGAAACGCACAAUGCUGACAUACCCGAUACGACUGGGGCUGCCAUUUCGAACAACCUCAAAGACUUUGCCCAUUCGUAUGCCACUACGAUGGGUCAAUCAGUCGGCAAGAAACCAGAACAAACUCAAGCAGAAAUUUCCAAUUUUCUAUUGCCCCGAGUGUUAGUUCUUGUCUUUCCACAAUAUCACCGCGACGAGCUGAACGACAAGCUCUGGGGUGAAGGAUUCACCGAUUGGGACAAUCUGAAAAAGGCACCCUUGCAAAAUCGGAACGGUGAUCAUAUUCCUCGACCGACGGAACUUGGAUACUAUGACUUGACGGAGAAAGAGCCACGUCAGAAACAAGGGGCCCUCGCCAAGGAGUAUGGGAUUGAUGGUUUUGUCUAUCAUCAUUACUGGUUCUAUGAUGAGGAGCAUCCAGGACCGAACCUCCAUCAACCAUUAAUAAAUAUGCUAGCCGAUGGCCACCCAGAUGUGCCGUUUGCCUUGCAUUGGUGUGCCGUGAAAUGGAUGACCACUUGGAGUGGACAAGUGUCACCCAACUUUGUGUUCAAGGAGCCAGGUGUCUUGCAAAAGCAAUAUUUCCCAAUCGAUCCAAAGGAUCCCAAAAUAGAGGAACAUUACAAAUGGUUGCGACAAUUCUUUCAUCAUCCAAACUACAUCAAGGUGGAAGGAAACAAACCAUUGUUCAUGUUGUAUCAGAAAAAGCCUGGGGCAAUGGUAAUCUUGAAGAGGCUCCAAGAGCUGGCCAUGGAAGAUGGGUUUGGAGGACUGAUGCUCACCGUUGGUCUCACCAAAAAUCACGAUCACUUGCUGCCAAUUCAAGACAAAGAGCUGGUUCGCAAGUUCAAAGUCGAACAGGAUCGAGUCGAAAAGUUCCAGUUGUACGACAAGGUUGUAUCCUAUCCAAAUCCAUCGGACUGGGCGGCCAACCGGACCUUGGAGAUUCCCCAUUGGUGCCGACAAAAUGGUCAUUCGAACAAACGAUUGAAGGAUAUUGCUGGUAUCAUUAGUUCGUUUGACAAUACUCCUAGGCGCAACUUUGACGAAGCAAAUCUAUUUGCGACUGGAGACCCAUCCGAAGUGGUUUCUCGAUUUGAAAAGAGCUUGCAUUCGGCUCUUUACUAUGAGACUUGCUGCUUUGAAGACAAACUUCUGCCUACGAAGCACGAAGAUGACGAUCGCUUCGUCCUAAUAAAUGCAAUGAAUGAAUGGGCAGAAGGAAUGGCAUUGGAACCAUCUGACGUUUACGGACGAAAGUUCUUGGAAGCAAUACGGGAUACGAAAAAGGAGCUCUCAGAAAAGAAGUGUUCAUUGGAAUGA